GCAGCCAUUUUGUUAGCUAGCUUGAGGUUACGGAGGUUAGCAGCCGGAGGUAUGUUCACUGUGGUGUUUAAAUUUCUUAGAACAACAUAACUUGCCUGUGUUGUUGUUUGCGUACAUUUUCAGGCCACAUGCUCGCAAGCGAGAAGACGACUCGUGUGUUUGUUGACAGUAAACACGGCGCGGAACUGGAUGACCAUUCAUUUGUGUUGAGUUUGUUAGCUCACGAGCUAGCUGGCUAACUUGUUUACCGUUACAGAAAACAUGCAGCUUUCAUGGCCGUCAGCUAUUAAAUGUUAGACAGUUGUGGCAGCUUCGCUCGGUUUGUCUGAGUUACGUUUGCUUUUUUAACCCGGUUACGCAGAACUUCAGCCCAGGAUCGACACCGCAAACUCGCGUGUAGCGUUGUGGUGCUUACUAAUAACUUGAGCUCCAUCAGCUGAUUCCAGUCGGACCAGCGCUCAGCCAUCCUGGACACCAUGUCGGAGCUGUACAUUCGGGUGGCUGAGGAUGAGAACGAAGAGCCCAUGGAGAUCCCCUCGGAGGACGACGGCACCGUUUUGCUGUCGUCGGUGGCAGCCCAGUUUCCGGGGGCUUGCGGGCUGCGGUACAGAAACCCGGAGUCCCAGUGCAUGAGGGGAGUCCGGCUGGUGGAGGGAGUCCUGCAUGCACCCGAGAACGACUGGGGGAACCUGGUCUAUGUCGUUAAUUACCCCAAAGAUAACAAAAGGAAGAUGGAGGAAAUAGACGCUGCCUCAGCUGUGAAAAUUAAAAGGGGCUUUCAGAAAACAUCAGAUCUCAUUGUCUUGGGGUUACCAUGGAAAACAACAGAACAAGAUCUGAAAGAUUAUUUCAGCACCUUCGGGGAGGUCAUCAUGGUGCAGGUUAAGAGAGAUGUAAAAACUGGCAACUCGAAAGGUUUUGGCUUCGUCCGGUUCACUGACUACGAGACACAAACCAAAGUCAUCGCUCAGAGACACAUGAUUGAUGGACGAUGGUGUGACUGCAAACUUCCCAACUCAAAGGCGUGUCCUGAUGAACCCAUGCGGAGCCGUAAAAUCUUUGUUGGCCGCUGUACAGAGGACAUGACAACUGACGAUCUGAGGCAGUACUUCAUGCAGUAUGGCGAAGUCACUGAUGUCUUCAUCCCCAAACCUUUCCGGGCGUUUGCCUUCGUCACAUUUGCUGAUGACCAGGUCGCCCAGGCGCUGUGUGGAGAGGACUUGAUCAUCAAGGGCAUCAGUGUGCACAUCUCCAACGCUGAGCCCAAACACAAUAAUAGUAGGCAAAUGAUGGAUCGAGGGCGGUUUGGGGCUGGUGGGUUCAGUCAGGGCUAUGGCAGUAAUCGCGGUGGGCUAGGCAGCGGUAGCGGAGGGGUUAACUUUGGGGCUCUCGGCCUUAACCCGGCAAUGGUGGCUGCUGCCCAGGCAGCGCUGCAGAGCAGCUGGGGAAUGAUGGGCAUGCUGGCUAACCAGCAGGGUUUGACCACAACGGCAGGCACAGCCACCACCACCCGAGACCAGACCUAUAGCUCUGCCAGCACCAGUUACAGCAGCCCCAGCUCAGCUAGCCUCGGCUGGGCUGCAGGCACUAACACUGCCCCCAGUGGUGGCUUCAGCUCCGGUUUUGGCACGUCUAUGGAAUCUAAGUCUUCUAGUUGGGGAAUGUAGCUAGCUUUGAGUUGACCCUUUCUGUUGCUAUUGGGCUAAUCUGGUAAGUAUACCUACGGGAAGUGGGGGGUGGGAGGGGCGGCUUAUAUCUUGUGAUUAUUAAAAAAAAAACAAAAAAAACCUGCCUUUUAUUUUGUUAAAGAGAAAUUUAUACUUGUGUGUGACUGAUUGUAUAGUCAUGCAUUGAAUGGGUGAGAAGUUGUGUUUGUCAGUGGGAACCGCCACACUACCUUGUUUCGUUUUUGAGAAUAUGUUACACAAAGAUGACUGUGCAUGCGAGAUAAAUUAUUUAUAACAUGCACGAGUAUCUUGAGAGCCCCCCAUAGCCCUUUGUAAAAUGGGCUUUAUAUAAUUCUAUGUAUGUAUGUGUUUGAUUGUAUCUUUUUGUUUGUUUUUGUUUGACUUUUUUCGGAAAAGCCUUCAUGAAAAUCUCUUCUGCAGUUCACCAACUCUUUCCCAAUUUCCCGGGAGGAAGCGCCUCAUUGGCAGCAAUGUUCGACAGAUCUCAGUAUCAAUUCCCCUCCUUCCAUGUGUAAAUGCUUUGUCAUCCAAGAACACAGCUUCACUCUGCGUCAUAUACUGUGUUAGACGGUGGGUGUUGUCUUUUUCCUCUCCCCUUUUUUUGGGAUUAUAGAAAUCUUGUCUGCUUUUUGUCGCUUUUCGAGAUCAAUGAGUGGGAUUGAUGUUGGACGGAGUGAGAAUGAGCGAACGGAGAGCAAAAUGAAAGAAAGCACGUGUGAGAAGGACUGUUUGUGCAGAGUUUUUUUUUAAAGAGACAAAUGCCUGCGAGAGUUGAGAAGAACCUGUGGCUUUUGUGCGAGUGUGAGAGGAAGAAGCAAGUACGAGUGUGUUCCCAGUGGCCAUCACAAGGACAUUUAUUGCGUCUCGAGAUCCCUAAGGUCUCUGCUUUCUUUCAUCGUUUUCUAUCAACCUUAAUUCUUUAAGAUCACGUGAAAUGUCAAGUGCUAUGAGUAUUUGUAUUCUUUUUGUAGCUUUCUCUUGCUGUCUGAUUUGAUGUGGGUGCUGCGUCUGGUUGCGUGCUUUUAUUUUCUCCUUGUUACCACCCCUCUCUGUGUGAAAAUGUGACUUUGUGCAGGUGAAGUCUGUGUGGGGGAUAAAACACUGAAAGCGUGCUGAAGUUUGCAAGUGAGCUCAGAGAUUGACGUGAAUGUUUGACAAGCUCCCAUUGAAAGUUUGCGUUUGAAGUGGUUACGAAUGCAUUUUCUAUGUUUUGUGAAUCAAAGGGAAGUCUGAAAUAAAAUUGAAUUUGACUAGGUAUAAUACGCUCUUUGACAGUGACUUAUUCUUGACUUUACAUUAAUUUAAACUGCCGACACUUUAAUUCACAUGUAUAGGGACCUCGGACACGGAAAGCCCAGGUUGCACCUGAAUCCGGUCAGUUACACAGAAGAAGAAGACAUUGUUGGGUGAGCCGGUGCAAACCACAGUGGAAACGCUGCACAGCUGCCUUAAUCCUGAAAAGGAUCUUCUUCACCUCACUAGCAAGGCGCCUUGGACCAUUGAAAUUUAGAGCAAAUCAUAUUAAAUUAUAAUCUAAAGUAUUUUUUUUAAUACUUGGGAAUGUCACAGCUAGGACCAGUGUCACACCAGCAGUUGGGGCGGUGAAAUGUGUCACUCAAAUCCUGCAUUUUUGUCAGUAAAUGCUUUAUUCUUCUACCUCCAAACGCUCUAAGAAAGUAAAAACUCAUGUCGAUUUUCAAUGUGGUGCAGUAGGAUGUCGGUUUGUCAGGACGUGUUCUUGUUAUUCUGUUUAUUUUCACUGUAUAGUGGCUGAAAUGUUCAAGCUGACUGAUUUUUAAAGGGACUUUAACUUAACAACUGAACGUACCAGCAGGAAUUCACACUCUGUCUAUUAAAGUAUUAGUGUUGCGUUGUAAAAUAAAAGUUUGGAGUGUUUAAUCA